GCUCCGCUCCCAGCCAGCGCGAAGAAUCCGCUCCUGGUUUUGCAGAUCCGCUCAUCGCAGCGUAUACCUUUCUCUGACUCUCGCCACCACUCCAGCAUUGCUGUGCAAGCAGAUGUUCUCUCUCUGAUGCCAAUUCCGACAAUUUUCACAUUUGGAGAAGGCAUUCUUUCGCGCAAGGGUGCAAAAGUGACAAGAAAGCAACCGAAACUGCCUCCCUCCUCGGCUCAGUGAGAGAGAGGGAGACUUGUGAGGGGAUAGCGGCUUCUUGGAGAGAAACUGUACAGUGAAGCGGCGGCGGCGGACAGGGAAGAGGUUUUAUUUACCACACCUGUGAUGCGUUGUUCAGAGCAACGAAGACGCACGAGCGGGAUACUGAUGGCCACGCUACCGCACGAGGAUAUGUGUUGAGGAAGAGACUUGGGCGUUGUGUAAAAGGCGUAAAGUGCGUUAGAGGACACUCUUCGGACCUUUAAGAGCACCGUGUGCCAGUGUUUCUGCUCUGCUCCCUGCCUUUUUUUUUUUUUAAACUUAGGUGAUAAAAAAAAAAAAGCACGAAGAUGCCCUUUGUCCGCUGCACGUUCAGCGCCACGCUCCUUGUGCUCGUGCUGGAAGGCUUCACCUGCACUGGUUCAGAGCACACCGCCACCGCAACACUUCCCGCCGCCUUCAUGGACCUGUUACCUCACUUCCUGAUUGAACCGCAAGACGAGUUCAUUGUAAAGAACAAGCCUGUGACGCUGACCUGCCGCUCCACCCCAGCCACGCAGAUCUACUUCAAGUGCAACGGCGAGUGGGUUCACCAGGACGACCACUUGAUUGAAAGGACUGUUGACCCGGCAACAGCGCUGCCAAUCAUGAAGGUGACAAUUGACAUAACCAGACAGCAGGUGGAGAAGAUCUUCGGUCUGGAUGAGUACUGGUGUCAGUGUGUCGCCUGGAGCACCACUGGAACGCAGAAGAGCCAGAAAGCAUACAUCAGGAUUGCUUACCUGAGGAAGAACUUUGAGGAGGAGCCGCAGGGUAAAGAGGUGGCGUUGGACCAGGAGGUGUUACUGCGCUGCCAUCCCCCCGAGGGAGUGCCAGAAGCUGAGGUGGAGUGGCAGAGAAACGAGGAUGUUCUCAACCCAGCCAGUGACCCCAAUUUUUUCAUCACGGCUGACCAUAAUCUUGUCAUCAAAAAAGCCCGGCUGGCGGACACGGGCAACUACACAUGUGUGGCCAAAAAUAUCGUUGCUCGCCGAAAAAGCAACUCUGCCACGGUCCUAGUCUACGUCAACGGCGGCUGGUCCACAUGGACCACCUGGUCGUCCUGCAGCGCUGUGUGUGGGCGUGGCUGGCAGAAGAGGAGUCGGAGCUGCACCAACCCCACGCCACUGAAUGGAGGCACAUCGUGUGAGGGGCAGAACGUCCAGAAAAGUGCCUGUGUGGCCACCUGUCCAGUAGAUGGUGGCUGGAGUGAGUGGAGCAAGUGGUCAGCAUGUGGCGCGGACUGCUCGAUGUGGAGGAGCAGGGAGUGCACCCAGCCCUCGCCUGGCACCGGGGGCAAAGAAUGCCAGGGGCUCGACCUUCAGAGUCUCAACUGUACCAGCGAGCAGUGCCCACAGACUGUGAGUGGAGCCGAAGACGUGGCGCUCUACGUGGGCAUGGUGGCAGUGGCUCUGUGUCUGACUCUGCUGCUCAUCGUGGUGGUCAUGGUCUACCGGCGCAAGAAGGAGGGCCUGGACGCCGACGUGGCCGACUCCUCCAUCCUCACCACUGGCUUCCAGCCCAUGGGCAUCAAGCCCAGCAAGCCAGGUGUGUGGGCACCGCGGCCACGCAGGCCUCCCCCCCACAGCAAGAAUUCCCAUUUGCUCACCAUCCAGCCUGAUCUCACUACAACCACCACCAGUUAUCAGGGCACCUUACGCUCCCGCCACGACGCCACGGGAAAGUUUUCAAUGACCAACGGGCCUCUGCUGGAUCCACUUCCCAACGGCUCGCACACUCUGCACAAUGGCAAACUCAACUCAGACCCGUCGGAGUUUGUGAGCAGGCUGUCCACGCAAAGCUACUUUAAAACACUCUCCCGCGACGUCGCAAACACCUCCUAUGGGACAUUCAACUUCCUGGGAGGCAGGCUGACGAUCCCCAACACAGGAAUCAGUCUGCUCAUUCCUCCCGAGGCCAUCCCUAGAGGAAAGAUCUAUGAGAUUUAUCUCACUGUUCAGAGGAAGGAAGAUUUAAGGUUACCCUUGGCUGGAUGCCAGACCCUGCUCAGCCCCGUCGUGAGUUGUGGUCCUCCCGGGGUGGUCCUGAGCCGGCCGGUUAUCCUCAGCAUGGACCACUGCUCCGACGCAUGCCUUGACAACUGGGCCAUCCGCCUCAAGAAGCAGAACUAUGAGGGAGCUUGGGAGGACGUCCUGCUGAUGGGGGAGGAGCUGGUGUCGGAGCCCUAUUACUGCCAGCUUGAGGCCGAGACGUGUCGACUGUUCUCGGAGCAGCUGGGCACCCUCGCCCUGGUGGGAGAGUCCCUUCACAUGGGCGCAGCCAAGCGCCUGAGGCUGGUGCUCUUCUCUGACGCGUACUGCUCCACGCUUGAGUACAACAUCAGGGUGUACUGCAUGGACGACACGCAGGACGUCUUCAAGGAGGUGAUGCAGAUGGAGCGGCAGCUCGGGGGUCGGCUGAUUGACGAGCCCCACGUCCUGCUUUUCAAAGACAGCUACCACAACCUGCGCCUGUCCAUCCACGACAUGCCCCAGGCACACUGGAGGAGCAAGCUGCUAGCCGGCUACCAGGAGAUCCCGUUCUACCACAUCUGGAAUGGUUCCCAGCGGUACCUGCACUGCACGUUCACUCUGGAGCGGCUCAGCCUCAGCACCUGCGAGCUCACUUGCCAGCUUUGUGUGUGGCAGGUGGAGGGGGAGGGGCAGAGCUUUAGCCUCGACUUUAAUAUUGCUAAGGACACUCGAGCUGUCGACUCAGAGUUUCUUUUAAUGGACAGUAACGCCACAGCUCUGGCGGGGCCCAGCGCCUUUCAGAUCCCAUACCUCAUCAGGCAGAAGAUCUGCAGCAGCCUGGAUGCCCCCUGUCCCAACGGAGCUGACUGGAGAAUGCUAGCACAAAGACUUAAACUUGAGAGACACAUGAGUUUCUUUGCGUCCAAAGCGAGCCCGACCUCUGUGAUCCUGGACCUGUGGGAGGCGCAGCAUUUCCACAGCGGCAACAUCAACCAGCUGGCCACGGUCAUGGCUGACAUUGGCAAACAGGAAGCCAUGAUUUUCCUGGUCUCUGAUGGCGAGUGCUAACCCAGAAAAAGAGGGGAGACUGUUGACGCAGAGGAAAAGUACAGAACACAACAAAACACACACACACACACAAACUGCAGCAGGAAUGGAAGAGCAGAGCCGUCUCAAUGUCCCUCUUCUUUACUUAAAAGAUAGUGAAGGGUUUAUGUAGGAGUGAGUCACUAUAUUCCAUCAAACAGAGCAAAAUCUUUUACCGACAGACCAAAUGUGGGAAAAGAGUGUGUGGGAAAUGUAUCCAUGCACUCAGUAAAGAAAAUACCCUUUAUUUUCCAUAAAAGAAGUUAAAUGAGUCCACACCCUGGUUCUACUAUCAAUAUUUAAUUUAACUUCAUGCCUUUUCUAUAUAGCCCAUUUAUGGCUAAUAAGGAGCAAUAUGCAAACGUAAUGUUUUUACUUAUUGCCAAUAUUGCAAAUUCAGAGACUAAUUUUUGAACCUAAAAUAUAAUGUAUAAUAUUAUAAAAGGAACGUAACUAGAGGUGCCGGUCAUUUCAGGUUGAAAAGAAUGGAUGACAUAUGCAAUUGGCGGGUUUGUUUUAUGAUUUCAUCUCAGACACUGAGCAUAUUAACAAGGUCAUCAGGGUCAGUGAACCCCCCCCUUCAGUCCACUCCACUCCACAUCUCAUAUCUGUUCUUCUAUGUUUCCAGAAACACACACAGGCGGCUUGUAGCAGCACAUCCUGGACCUGCAGGUUUUAAAAUAGAUUGUAUGUCAGAGGCCCAAAAAACUCGUCUCAUCUUGUUUGUGGUUUUAGGUCUGGUAUCUGUACUGUGAAUGUUACAUCUUGACAUCUUGAUUCAGCGAGACGCUUCACAGCUUUUCCUGCUUCUAAAUCGAUAAAUGCGGGGUUUUGGUUCUUUGAACUGUUUUUGAGGGAGGAGUGAGAAACAUCUUCACUAAAGUCAUAUUUCAGAAAGCAUUGCUAUGUAAAGUCUGUGAUUUUCUUCUGUCCAGUCUCACAUUGGUUCAUUGUGGUGUUUUUUUUUUUCUGUUGCUUAUUUCACUGCACAUGACGGAGCCAUCGGUUCAAAAGGCGUUCCAGCUGCUUUUAUGUGAACACUGAAUGUUGGCAACACCCAUUUUCUUAAUUCCUUUUUUCCAGUGAUUAAUUUUGUAGCAGAGAGAUGUUCAACAGAAAAGAAGGUCAACCUGGUUAUUAUCUGGUCAUAAAUAAUGCAGAGCACUUUCCCGUUGAAAAUCUGACAACAAAUUCUUGGAAAUCUUCACCGGAUACGUCGUGUAGAAAGAGAAGCUGUGCAGCCUUGUUUUGUAUUAUUCAUAAAGCAAUGUUGGUGGGAAUUCUAUAUUUGCUGUGUGGCAAACAUAGCAGUAUUUCCACACCAGAGAAACACCUGUCUCACUGAAAGUAAGUGUGGUGAUUCAGUGUGUCAUGCCUCUGCUCACAGAAUAUGCUUUGAGAUGUUUUUUUCUUUUCUGUUUGCUGGCAGAAAUGAUCCACCAUAUUUGUGCAGCUAACCAUAACUACACAUCUGCUUAUCAUAUUUUGUUUCUUUGCAGUUAUGUACUUUUUUUUGUGUUAGUAAUAGAUCUGUUGGGUCAGGCAAACGUAAACAGAGUAUCUUAAAUGUCCACUGGUUCAGUAAUUACUCUUUGAAAAGAUGUGAGCAAUCCCAAAUUAGCCAUAGUUCUCUCUCCGUCUGCCUCAGGGUUGCAUGUGAAGUUGUCUUUUAAAGAUGUAAAGAGAGCCCGUUUUAUUAAAUCCCUUCUUCAAACAGUUGGCCCAUCCUCCUAUCAGCUCCUGUGGCUUCGACCUUUAACAUUUCCUGGGGCCUCUUUUAUGAUUGUCAGAUAUUAGAAUGUACAUUUAUGUUUCCUGUAGUGAGGAGAAGUACGUCUUUAUUUUGUUUUUUUAGAGGUAACGUUUCUUUUUGUGUGGCAUCUGCACCUUUUCAUCCUAUAAACACGCCUCCUCUUGACCAACAAGUUUUUACUAAACUUUGCUAUUUGAUGUCGAGAUGCCAUAUUUUACAUUUUUUUAAACUAACUUUAAGAAGUCCUCUGAUCAAGCCCCCUUUCUGACAAAAAAACGGUGAUAUCACCUUGAAUAAAUCUUUUCAUGUUGAAAUGCGUCAUCGUCACAUGUAAUCUGUAAAUACUUUUUCUAAACCAGCCGUGUGCUGUCACUUUGCAUACUGUAUAUCAGCAGAAUCGGUAACCAAAGUUUUCUGAGUAUCAUUUGAGGCCACUCAUCCUCCUCUCGUAUCCAUUUAAUGUUCUGUUGUUUUAGCGUUGAUUUGAAUGCAGCUAGAAUAGAGGAAGUCAUAGUUUGUCUUUUCAAAGUUCAAAUCCUUUUUUCUUUACUUUUGUCUUUGAGGCAAAGUUAACACUGUUGGUUUACGCGGUAAUAUGUGUCUGUUUGUUUGAUCACUUUGUAAAGAAAUGUAAAUUAUAUUUUAAUAUGAAGCCAAAAAAAAAAACACUUAACUGGCGCAGCAUUUGUCAAGUCUAAACCGUGACGUGUUUGCCUAUAUACUGUUCUCUGGCGAUCUGGCAGUGAAGACUUUUUGCAGUGUUAAGAGUUUAGAAAGUUUCUUUACAUAUUCUGUUUGUCCUUACUCUGCAUAUGAAGUCUACCUGAUGAUUCCUCUAACUGUAAGCAUUUAAAUACAAGGUGGAAGUAGUCACUAACACUUGGUGGAUCACUACACUGGGACUGUGUGGAGGCUCAUUGAAGAAAGAGGACAUCAGUCCUUGGACACUGACGGGCCAGUGUUAACACAGCAUGUUUCAGUCGUGUGUGGAACUCCAUCACCCGUCAUUGUCCUGGUUGUGUUGUCUAAGCACAUUUCAGUAAUGUAAUUCACCAGCCGCCAGGAUGUUCAGCAUCUAUCUUUACAUCUAGCUUGUCUGACAAAUCUAUGAAAUCUGCAAUUACUGUGUCUGUGAUGAAUACAGUUUCAAAUCUGGGCCUGAUCGUUCUGUGGAAGAAUCGUACAUGCUUUGUUCAACGCUUUCCCCCAAAAGUUUGGGGUACAAUUGUUACAUUUCACUACUGUACUUUUUGUGUCACUCAUUACUAUUCAGUGUCAAGGAUGUGUGUGUGUGUGUGUUAGUGUGUAUGUACCUCCCCAUCGCUCUGACUGAAUGGUUUCCUUUUUGAACUAAGAACAAUAGACUCGUGUACUUGUGGAUGGUUUUUCUAUUUAGUUCCUUGAUUCAAUGUCCCUUGCCUUUUCUGCAAGUCAAAAAUGCUGUAUUUAUUACAUGCCACAGCGCUUAUGCAAUUGUAUAAUCCUUCUGUUUGUUUCAGUUUUUCCUUUUUUUUUUUUUAACCUUUUGUGUUCCUUAUCGUCAAUGUAAAUUGUUGUCAAAACUUUUGUGGCAAUGAAAAACUUCUGCUGAGGGAGAUUUUCUGUACUUUUUGGACAAUGAUAUGGAUUUGUGGGUAGAAUUUUGGAAAUUCGUUUCUAAGUGCUUUCAAGUAUUUACUUGGCCUUAUGUAUAUAUAUAUCUAUGACAUUUCAGAAAGGUAUGUAAAGUAAUUCAACCUGAAAUUGUUGUAAAUAAAUUAUAUAUUGUUAAA